AUGACAUCACUACGACAUCAUCAGGGAGUGGGCUGGGGUCUCCCGGCCGUCGUCGUGGCGACCACGCUAGCGGUGACCUACCGGGUGGAGAAUCCUCUGGAUUACCGGCAGGAGGAGUUCUGCUGGCUCGCCGGUCUGGACCAGAACCAGAACUUCUCCUUCCAGAAGCCUCUGUUCUGGUCCUUCCUGGUCCCGGUGGGCCUGGUUCUGGUCUACAACACGGUCCUGCUGGUCCUGACGCUGAGAAGAACCUGCAGGAACGACCCGAGGCUGGCCAGCUCCAGCACGUCGUCCCCGUCCAAGAACGUCCUGCUCAGUCUGUCUCUGGGGGUUCUGCUGGGUCUGUCCUGGUCUCUGGGUUACCUGGUCCUGGUUUCUACUGGAGACGCUCACCACAUCUUCAGCAUCCUGUUCUGCAUCUGCACCACCACUCAGGGUUUCCAGAUCUUCAUCCUUUUCACGGCCAGAAGGCCGGCCUUCAGAGCCGCCGUCCGGAGCUCCUUCCAGCUCCUCUCCUCCGUUAGCAACCCGCUAAACCAGAGCAAGUACAACCUGUGGAGGAGGUGGACCAGGUCCAGGUCUGAUGAGACCUACAAGGACGCGAACCAGACCACCAGCUCCUUUUAGACCUCCGGGAGACCACCACCUCC